AUGUUUGCUUCUGUGAUUCUGGUAUCCAUUAGAGGAGUUCGUUCACUUAAUCCUCAUCAUUUCCGUCCACCUUGGCCAAUAUUUUCCAAAGCUCAAGGAUGGCGGAAACGCGGUCCUACUAUACGUGAACACCUGCAACUUCCUGGUCAGGACCGCGAAUUUCCGGAGCUAUCACCCAAAUUCAAGCAAGAAAACCCUGCGGAACUUUCUCAUUAUACUGGCACUCAGGUUACGGGUUUUGUCAAUCCAGUCAACAAUGAGAUUGUUCAUGUAAAGGAAAUGUUCCCAGAGUUAGUUGUUCCAAACUUGCGAGGAUUUCAACUACGCCCCUAUGUAUCUUACCAUUCCAGGUGGAAAAGGUAUAGAAAACUAGUGUUCAAGUAUGGCAGUGAGGAAAAUAUUGAAACUGUGACAUUCGAAGCAGAAAAGUGGCCUCCACCCAAAACCACAUCCCGUUUUUUGUUCAAUGUACAUUACGCACCAUUAAUAAGGCGAAUGUAUAAAGAUCAGGAGUAUUUUGAAGAUACUAAGAUGAUAAACACAGGUCUCGAUGAUUAG